AAAAAGCCCAUCCGUUCAGCCCAAAAACUGAAUUACCGGAAACACACCUCCCCAUUUCCAAACCUCACUUCCACUUCCACUCUUCCCUUCUAGGGUUUAACUCCCCAAAUGCGAAGCUGAAAUUCAAAUUUAAUCACUGUCAGUUUUGAAAUCUCUGCAUUGAUUGAAUCGGAGAAGGAAAAUGGCGUCGACGUUUAUGCAGCAAUUCGCGAAGAAGAAGACCUUAGUGAAGCGAUCGUCGAAGAAGUAUUUGGAGGAGGCGCUGUACAAGAAGCUGUUCAGCGAUGGCGGCGAGGAGAGGCACGUGAGGGCAAAGGUGAACGAAUUUCUGAAGUCGCGUAAAAGUGCUUACAAAUGGGAGGUUGGCCGCACCGUUAAGAUUCUCCGCGGCCGCAAAAUGUACGGACCCGCAGCCAAGUUGUCCGAGACUAUGGAAAAAAGAGGUAUGAAUAAAACAGUGAAUGACCAAGCUAUUCAUCUUGAUCUGAUUGCGAAAAGCAGAGGGAUUACUGCUGCCGAGGACUAUUUUGUGGCUCUGCCGGAAUCAUCAAAAAAUAAUCUCACUUACAGCACUCUUCUCAAUUGUUACUGCAAACUCUCAAUGACUUCAAAGGCACAGACUAUAUUUGAGAGGAUGAAAGAACUUAAUUUGGAGAUGACUUCCAUGCCGUACAACAGUCUCAUGACCCUGAACAUGAAAAACGAGCUGCCACAACUCGUCCCUGGACUUGUCAGUGAAAUGAAGGAGGCUGACGUCAUGCCUGACAUUUACACCUACAAUGUGUGGAUAAGGGCUCUUGCUGCUAUGGGUGAUAUUGCUGGGGUCGAGAGGGUUAUUGAUGAGAUGAAGAGAGAUGGUCGAGUUGCAGGUGAUUGGACCACGUACAGCAAUCUUGCAUCUAUCUAUGCUGAUGCCAGACAGUUUGGUAAAGCUGAGGAGGCACUUAAGGAACUGGAGAGCAGAAAUGCACGCAGAGAACUCGCUGCUUACCAAUUCCUGAUCACACUGUACGGACGUACUGGAAAUCUGCUUCAAGUGUACCGAGUGUGGCGUUCAUUGAAGCUAGCUUUUCCCAAAACUGCAAAUCUGAGUUAUCUGAACAUGAUUCAAGUGUUGGUUAAGUUGAAUGAUCUACCAGGUGCUGAGAAAUGUUUCCAGGAGUGGGCGACUGCUUACUCAACUGGUAGCUCGACUUUUGAUAUCCGUAUUGCAAAUGUCCUCAUCAGCGCUUAUCUGAAAGAAGGUUCACUCGAGAAGGCUGACAAGCUGAGAAGGCAUGCCAAGAGGAGAGGAGCCAAACCCAAUGCCAAAACUUGGGAGCAUUACAUCGACUACUAUCUGGAGAAGGAAGAGUUCAAAUCAGUUGUGAAAUGUGUCAACAACGCUGUCACAGCUGGCAGGGGGAACGGAGAUGAGUGGACCCCGUCACCUGAGGUCGUGGGGGAGGUUAUGCGGCACUUUGAGCAAAGCAAGGACGUUGAGGCCGCUGAAGGUUUCUUGAAGAUCUUGAAGACGUCAACAGACGAGGUGUUCGAAUCAUUAAUUCGAACUUAUGCAGCUGCGGGGAGAAAGAGUCCCAUCAUGCAUCGCAGGGUGAAAAUGGAGAAGGUGGAAUUGAGUGAAGAAGGGAAAAUGUUACUGGAUGAAAUAUCUGCAGAAUGAGAUUGUUUCAAUUUUGUAUCUUUUUCUGUUAGAGAUUUAUCUUUCAAGAGGUGGUUUGAUCUUUUUCAAGUGCCAUCUUAGAAAAUUUGCAGCUGAUUUUUUUUGGUUAUAACUCUCUUUACAGGAAACUUUUGUAGCCCUCAGAAACCAUAAAUUGGAAUAAUGCUUGGAAUAAUUUCAGAUUCAGAGCAUUUUUCUGUUAA